UUAUUAUUCUGUUUCAAUAUAUUAAUUGUAAAAAUUUUGUAUUAACAUUUAAUGAUAUUAAAUACAAUACAUCUAUAUUAUAAAUUUUUGUCAAUUACUAAUAUUCCAACGGUUACAAGUAUUUUAUUUUAUUUUUUUUAUCCAAAUAGUAUAAUCAUGUAUUCGUCAAUCGUAUUUCGUACUUGUCGUAUUUCACAGUUCAGAAGUUGUUUGAACAAAAUAAAUACUCAAAACCCUUUAGCCGCUGCAGUGUUCCACAAAUAUUCAUCUACCGAGUCCAAGAUUAACAGUAUCAAUAUUCAGUCUAAUGAUGCGGAAUGGAAAAACAUUUAUAUUGGAACAUUGGGUCCACGAAUCCGUAAUUUAAAAAUUGUUUCAUUUAUGACCAGUGCUGUGGGUCUAUGUAUUCAACCAAUGGUAAUACAAAAGGCUGCAGAAGUGGGCAGUAGCUUAGCAGCCACUAUUGGUGUAUGUACCAUUGCAGGAUUUUUUACAUUCAUUACACCAGUACUCAUUCAUAUGGUAACAAGAAAAUAUGUGACAUCAAUUGAAUAUAACAAAAAAAAUGAUGAGUACAAUGCUACAAUUAUUUCAUUCUUCUUAAAACCUAAGAAGGUGCAAUUUAAACCAUUUGAAGUAAGAUUGCCUUUGACACAGAAAUUAACUAUCACAUUUUAUGCAAAAAAAUACCCUCUAUUCGUAGAUCCACAAGCAUUUGAUGAUGUAAUGCAUUAUCAACGUAUAUUAGGUUAUGAUAAGCCUUUUACAUUUGAUAAAGAAGAUAAUGUUCUUAAAAAACCUGUAGUUAAGGCUGCUAAUAAAAGUUAAAUUAAUAUUAUAC